GCAGAGAGGCUCUGGAAGAGGUGGCAUUUGCGGGAGCAGCCCGGGACGAGCUUAUUCCAUGUCGGAGCAGCACCGACUCCUUUGCCCCGUGCCACCCACUCCCCCUGCGCCCCGGCCAGCCCAGGAGAGGAGAGGGACGGCUCGCCGAGAGCAGAUUAGACAAAGGAAAAGGUGACCAGGAUGCUGCACCAUGGGAAGCACUGGAGGUCCAUGUGCAAGGGGCUCGUCCUGGGGACCCUCCUGACCAGCUUCAUGCUGCUGCUCUACUCCUACGCCAUCCUCCCACUGCAAGUCAGCAUGACAGAGCUCCCCGUGCCCUCCUCCUGCUCCCCCUACCCGGCUGCCAGCAAGGCGGCAGCAGAGUCCAACAGCACGGGCAGCCCCCCUGGCCGGAGCUGCUCUCCCAAGCUCAACAUCAUGUUCAUGAAGACCCACAAGACGGCCAGCAGCACCAUCCUCAACAUCCUCUUCCGCUUCGGCGAGAAGCACGGCCUGAAGUUCGCCUUCCCCAACGGCCGCAACGACUUCUACUACCCCUCCUUCUUCGAGCGCAGCCAGGUGCAGCACUACCGCCCGGGGGCCUGCUUCAACAUCAUCUGCAACCACAUGCGGUUCCGGCACCGCGAGGUGCGCAGCCUCCUGCCGCCCGACGCCGCCUUCGUCACCGUGCUGCGGGACCCUGCCUACCUCUUCGAGUCCUCCUUCCACUACUUCGGCCGCGUCAUCCCCCUCACCUGGAAGCUGCCCGGGGAGGACAAGCUGGCCGAGUUCCUCCGCGACCCCUGGCACUACUACGACCCCAACGGGUUCAACGCUCACUACCUCCAAAACCUUCUCUUCUUCGACCUGGGCUACGACAGCAACAUGAACGCCGAGAGCCCGCAGGUGGAGGAGCACAUCCGCGAGAUCGAUCGCCGCUUCCACCUGGUCAUGCUGCUCGAGUACUUCGACGAGUCGCUGGUGCUGCUGAAGGACCUGCUGUGCUGGCAGCUGGAGGACAUCCUCUACUUCAAGCUCAACGCCCGCAAGGGCUCCACCGUCUCACGGCUGACGCCUGAGCUCUACGAGAAGGCCACCUCCUGGAACCUCAUCGAUGUCAAGCUCUACCGCUACUUUAAUGCCACCUUCUGGCGCAAGGUGGAGGCUUACGGCAGGGAGCGGAUGGCCAAGGACGUGGCCGAGCUGCAGCGGGAGAACGAGAAGAUGAAGAGCAUCUGCAUCGACGGAGGACACCCCGUGGACGCCAGCGCCAUCCAAGAGUCCUCCAUGCAACCCUGGCAGCCUCUGGGAGAGAAAUCCAUCCUGGGCUACAACUUGAAGAAGAAGAUCAACAAGAAGCACCAGAAGCUGUGCCGCAAGAUGCUGACGCCUGAAAUCCAGUACCUGACCGACCUGGGGGUCAACCUGUGGGUCACCAAGCUCUGGAGCCACGUGAGGGACUUCCUGAAGUGGUAGGGGGCAGCGGGCACCCUGCUGGCCCCAGGGCAGAACCAGGUGCUUUCCUUUUUUGUACUCAUGGUGUCUUGUAACUGGACCUGAGCAGUACCAGCUGGAGGCUCUGGCACCCAGGAGCAGUCAUAGGGACCCUCCAUGGCCCUCCAGCAGUGCCCCAUCAUGGGCAGGAGCUUGUGGUGGGACUGCCAUCGCCCAUUGGCAAGGAGUGAAGCCUCUGCCCCAGCCCUACCUCUGAGGGGUCAAGGUCUGGGGACUUGGGGGUGUCUUUUUCCCAGCAGGAUCCAUGUCUUCCAUAGGGAAAAGCUGGAGGGGAUGCUCAUGAAGGACAUGGCCUUGCCACAGUGGGGACAGGACAUCCAUCACCAUGAUGCUGAAGAGAUGCUGUGGGUUGGGCAGCAUGGGCACAGACAUGCCUUGCCAAUGGCAGUGAGGGGUCCUCAUUGCCUGGGUUGGCAGAGCUGCCAGGAGGGAACCCAAACCUCAAGGGGCUCCUCAAAUCACUCCCUUUUCCCUUGAGCCCUGGGUUUGGGGCUGUGUGUUGGAGCCACUGCACUACUCCAACGUGUUCCAGCCUGUGAGUGUGAUGAGUGCAGCAUGUUAUCAGCCACUGGCCCAUGGCAGGUGUGACCUGAAGCCAUCUGGAGAAUGAAGAACCCACCCCAAAAGCCUCAGCAUUGAUCAAAGGGCUGAUGUUACCCAUGGGCGAGGGACAUUGGUGCAGCAGGUCCCCUUCCAGCACCUCACUGUCCUGGUUGGAGGGCCCCGUGGCCCUGGUCCCUACAGGGGACAUCCCAGAAGGCCCACGGGGUCUGGUGAGAACUGGUCUGGGGAGGAGGGAGGAGUGGGGUCUGGCAGCCACCAUCCUGGUGAUGCCAUCCCCUGGGCAUGGGGGGGAUGACAAAGGUGGGAUUGAUCCCCACCCCAUGGUGGGGACAAACCUUGGGUGUCCCAGCCGGGCUGGAUGACACCAGCAAUGCCACAUCCUGCUGAGAGUGGCCCUGGCAGGGCAUGGAGGUGGUACCUGCAGCUGAGCCUCCCCAGCAGUAGAGGUCCUCCAACCAGCCCCCAGCCCCUGCUCUGCUCCCUUUGUAAAGACAAAUAAAGAAGCAGUUCUACUUUUGUAA